AACAAUUCAGGAUGAAUCUUGUCAAAAGUUUUUCUGGAAGUAUGGGUCUUUGAUUGUGUGUUUCCUGAAAGCAAGACCAAUCAUUUCCGUUUAUUCACUGGCUAAACCCCUACUUGAUUGGGGACAAGGACAGAAACCAUCCAUUACGAUCUGAUAUAUUAUCCAAACAAUUUAGUGUAUUCAUGAGGUAACCGAAACGUGGGGGCUGCGAAAUUACCCGUAAUCAAUUGCAACAGCGAGUGCGCGUCCCCCCCGGGUGUCGGACAACUGCAACUCCGCGUCUCAGUAAUAGGCGGGAGCCACAGCAAUUCGGAGUUGCGCUGCUCGCUACCUGAUCGCCAAGCUGGGGACACUGGACGUGCUCAGAAGACGCGGGCGCUGACGAGGCGGCCUCGCCGCUGCUCCGCCGGGAUCCUGGACCACACUCGCCGCCUCUCGGCGAGCGCGCCACUCGGCGGUCGCCGCUGACCCGCCCGCGGCCGCCCCGCGGGGACAUUCAUUCGUGCCGCUUGCCUCUCUCCGGGCAGGGAGUAAGGGCUGUAUUGUAGGGGUUUUGUCCCCCCUCUAUUUUUUUUCCUCGCCUUUUUUUUUUUGUUGUUGUUGUUGCUCGUGCCUCUCCUAUGUUCGGGAAACCAGACAAAAUGGACGUUCGGUGCCACUCGGACACAGAGGCCGCCCGGGUCUCCAAGAACGCGCACAAGGAGAGCCGGGAGAGCAAGGGCGCGGAGGGGAACCUCCCCGCCGCCUUCCUCAAGGAGCCGCAGGGCGCCUUCUCUGCGUCGGGCGCUCCGGAAGAUUGUAACAAAAGUAAAGGCAAUUCAGCAGCCGACCCGGAUUACUGCCGCCGGAUCCUGGUCCGAGAUGCCAAGGGGUCCAUCCGAGAGAUCAUCCUCCCCAAAGGCCUGGACCUGGAUAGGCCCAAGAGGACACGCACGUCCUUCACCGCCGAGCAGCUCUACCGCCUGGAGAUGGAGUUCCAGCGCUGCCAGUACGUGGUGGGCCGAGAGAGAACGGAGCUCGCACGGCAGCUCAACCUCUCCGAGACGCAGGUGAAGGUCUGGUUCCAGAACCGGCGCACGAAGCAGAAGAAGGACCAGGGCAAGGACUCGGAGCUGCGCUCGGUGGUGUCAGAGACCGCGGCCACUUGCAGCGUGCUCCGGCUGCUGGAGCAGGGCCGCCUGCUGUCGCCGCCAGGCCUGCCAGCGCUCCUGCCGCCCUGCGCCACGGGCGCGCUCGGCUCCGCGCUCCGCGGGCCCAGUCUGCCGGCCCUGGGCGCGGGCGCCGCCGCGGGCUCGGCCGCCGCCGCAGCCGCCGCCGCCCCGGGUCCUGCCGGGGCCGCAUCCCCGCACCCGCCAGCCGUGGGCGGCGCUCCGGGCCCGGGGCCCACCGGGCCCGGGGGACUGCACGCGGGCGCACCGGCCGCCGGCCACGGCCUCUUCAGCCUGCCCGUGCCCUCGCUGCUCGGCUCCGUCGCCAGCCGUCUUUCCUCCGCCCCGUUGACAAUGGCCGGUUCACUGGCAGGGAAUUUACAAGAACUCUCCGCCCGAUACCUGAGCUCCUCGGCCUUCGAACCUUACUCCCGGACCAACAAUAAAGAAGGGGCGGAGAAAAAAGCGCUGGACUGAUUUGAAGUGUUUCCCUGUAUUUAUAUUUAUAGUAUCUAUUGUGGUGAUAUUUAUGGACUCACGCGCAUUAGGCGCCGGGGCUCCUGAGCUGGGCACCCGGCUCCCAAGAGGCCUCUGACAGCUCUCCUUCCGCACCAGUUUCUGCCAUUUGGGCUACCCUCCCCCCCGUGUCGUCCCACACCCACCCUCCGGCGCCAACUUCCUUCUGCAUCCAGGAGAAUCCAAAGAAUUGGGGGGGGAAACCAACCUGAUGCCCCAACCAGUGCCUGGCCCUGGAGGGAAAGACUGGUUCUAAGUCCAAAGCACAGGACAUCUGCUUUAGAUUGAGCCGCUGCUGCCGUUCAUUAUGCUUAUGAAUAUUUGAAAAAGGGAAGCUGCAAGUAGACCCCAGCUGAAAAGGCUGAUAGGUUUCGUUAGACCAAAAAGGAUGAGGCUCCUUCCUCUCGCCAGAGAAACCAGGGCUUUUGGAAGCCGCUGGACACCACUUUGCGGACAUCUCGGGAGAGCCGGCGCACACUCAGCUUCCUGGCUGGACAAAUCGUGCCGAAUCUUCUCCCCCUUUUAGAAAAACUCCCAUCACCACCAACCCCGAUCCCAGGAGACAAUAAACCAAACAUCAUGAUAGGCGACUGUUGUAAUAACGUUUGAUCUAAUCAGCAAUAAAAGGAGAGUAAUUACCAUACAGAACCGAGUGGAGUGGAAGCAGUUUUUUAAAAACUCAUAACGAUGGAGUUAGGAAGCGGUAAGAAAAUUCAGGAUAGAAAAUGCAUCCAGGGCAAUGCAAAAUUAAAGAUCCGGGUGUUACGACUUUAAACAGGAAUUGAAAAGGGAAAAAAGCAAAAGAAAUGCCUAUGCCGCGAAUGAUAGAAAAUUCAGGAUCUUCUCCGAGGCUGCUGCGGGAGAUAACCGACGGCCUCACGCUCCUCCGGGAGAGAGUAGGGCAGCUCCCGGCCUCUCCUCCCCACCGUCUCCCGGAUCCGUGGCUCCGGGCAGCAUUGCUAGGUUUGGAAACAAAUCAGUGCCCAUCCCUCUCCCCCACCCCCGGAUUCACAAAACCCUCCAGCACUCUGGAAACGUCCGAAUGGCAGCCGCGGACAGGGCGACCCGGCCUCCUCUGUCGGUAGUCUCCGUAUCCGGAUCAGUUCCCUGCGUGGUUAGGAAAAGCAUCCUUUUCCACCUCCUUCCCUAUAAAACAACAACAACAGAAACAGAGUUUCCACGGUUCCAAGUGAGAAAACCGGACCUCCACUCGGUCGCGGCCUCACCCCUUCCCCCGCAACAACGCCCAUCCCCACGGCCACGGCCACGCAUAUUUUGACCAAAACCACAGACCCAGACGGCGGGUGCUGCAGCGUCUAAGAAUGUAUUCGUCCAUCCGAAGUGAGCGGAGAGCAUUUUAAAAAUAGUAAUUUUAUUGUAAAUUAUUUACGUCGGAAGCUUUCCCCCCUUUUCCUUUUUUCUUUCUUUUUUUUUUUUCCUUUUUCUGUCUUUUUUUUUUUUAGGCAAAUAGUGAAGAAAAUAAUGAACGAUUCACACGCGGGUAGGUGUUACUGAAUCCUGACUACUAACUGUUUUGAAUGUUUUGGAUAUUUGGAUGUUUUGUAUUUAUGUGGUGAGAGUGAAAUAUAUAUAUCUAUGAUGAUAAA